GUGGUCGCUGAUUGCCGGACGGUUACCGGGAAGAACGGAUAACGAGAUAAAGAACUACUGGAAUUCUCAUCUCAGGAGAAAGCUCAUAAAUAUGGGAAUUGAUCCAAACAAUCAUCGAUUGAAUCAGUCUUUUUCUCGUCCAAAUCAUGAUCUCCAGAACUCCCAAACUGUUGGUAGUGCAAUUGUUUCAUCACCCACCAUCAAAAUUAGUCCAUCGAAACCCCACGGUGGCAACGGUGAUCACGAGGUUUCAGAUGGCGGAAGUUGCUUGGAAGACGACGAAAACUCCUCCUCGCUGCUGCCGGAUUUAAACCUUGAUCUUACAAUGAGCAGUCCUAAUUAUUCGCCUGAGAUUGGUAACAAAACAAUCAAACUUGGAGAGCAAAAGUCAUAUAUUAUAAAUAUUAAUGAUCAUCAUGAGAUAAAGCCCAAAUCGGGAAAAGACUUAGAAGUACUCGGGUCAGCUCCCACGCUUCAAAUCUCUUCACAUGAUGGUCAGAAUUAG